AUGUCAACUACAAGGGGCUUCACACACACACACACACACACACACACACACACACACACACACGCACACACACACACACACACACACACACACACACACACACACACACACACACACACACACACACACAAUCAUUUGCGAUGCCUCUAUCAUCAUCAUCAUCAUCAUCAUCAUCAUUUGGACAGUGGCAGCAACAUGGAGUCUGUCAUCAAUGGAAGUGUGCUGAUCGUUCACCAGCUCCAACAGGGGAAGCACCAGUACCAAGUGGAAAAUGUGGUCCAGUACCAAAAAUCAAGCAGCGCAAAACCAAUGAUAAGCCGAGGAGACAAGCUGGUGCAGAUUAAUGGCAGCGACCUGCAGGAUUUCACCCCUGAAGCCUUGGCUCAGACCAUCGCUGAGGGCCGUCCCAUGUUGACGGUGCACAAGGCGGGCGCUCAGAAGCCGCUCCACUGCUCAGAGGAGGACGUUCUUCAUCCCGUCUCCAAGGAACAGACUGUGCUGCAGUUCAGCAUGCGGAUGUUGCGAGAAGAAGAUGCGCACGGAGGCGAAGGAGGCGGCGGAUGUCCAGUUGGCGACGACGACAAGCGAGGCGGCGACCUUCUGGUGGUCUCCAUGACCAAAACCAGCAUCUCGGUGAUCAGAGGGCGGGGCUGUGAGGCUGGCAGCGCCUGUAAGGGAUGUCACGGCACAGGAUGCACCCUCAACGACGUGGUCAUGGUGUCAGAGUCCAGCACCGUCACACUCGUUUCAAGAGGAAGCGGAACCUUAAAGCAGCAGAUGACUUUGGACACGCCCAUCGAACACGUGGCCUCACACAAAUACCUGCGCGGGAUUUGCUCCCAGAAGACUCUUUAUGCAUCAGCAAAUCCAGCGCUGCUGUCCUCAGAGAAAAUGACUAUCUACUACUACAAGUCCACCUGUCCUGAGCCCAAGUAUCCCGUGGUGUUGAACUUCACAGGCACCGACUGCUUCCUCAGGUGCGCCAAGAAAGGCGAGCAGGUGCUCCUGCAGGUGGAGGCGUGUGAGAAGCGGAAACUGAAAAGCAUCUCGCUGAAGGACGACAUCAUCAUGUCUUACGUCUUCUACAUGAAGAGUGACGUCACCAAGCAGCGGCAGUUUGAGUCUGCUGUCUACCCGGGUUGGUUCAUCCAGGUGUGCUCCUCAGACGCCGUGCAGGUGGCACAGCUGCCAGAGCGGCCGCAGCCUGAGCCCUUCCUCUUCAUCAUCCAGACCUAGACCUCACUGCAGACACACCCAGGUGCCUUGUCAAGUGCAAAAAGAAGUGAAGCCCAGUAUGUGCUGACAUUAUUACCACUGCUGUAUGUUUCUGGACAAAUAGAAGUUGUAUGGUCAUCAAACAGAGUGGCACCUCCAUUUAUGAACCCACUUGGUUCGUCAACACGGCUCAUG